AUGGCUACUUUCAAGCAACUUGUCACAACCUCAUCUCAGCAGGAUUGCACAUCGAGCAACAUACAUGACCUUGUCUGGUCAUUCAGCUCAGCCGCAUACCUAUCUUCCGACCUUCCCCAGAAUCACCUACCAAUUGUCACUACUUUCUGGGACGCAAAAGGCGAUAAGCAGCAGCUACAAAGCUUCGGGUUCGACUUCGACAAGUACAUCUGGAGGUCCUUCGACAUCCAGCCGAUGAUCAAACAUCAGCGACCAAGAGGCAAAGUGGCGAGCAAAGGGCCUACAGGUCAAUACAAACUGAUCGAGGCUUUUGAGGAGUUUGGGCGCGGUAUGACUACCCAGAAGAGACUGCUCGAAAGAUAUCCUGAUGGCAUGGCUCGUCUUGACAAUGACGACGUACAACAUUGUGCUGUUACGGACGCAACAAGCACAGUCAAGCUCACCGGGGAGCUCCUCGAAGACAUUGCUCAGGUCGACGAAGUGCGCAGCAUUGAGGAGGGUACUCCACCCAAGACAGCCUGGCCAACCAACGGACCUAAUAUCCGUAUCCUCUCUCUCGACACCUGUUGCUUGCCGGAAGACACGCAUCGCCCUCGUGGUUACAAGUACCCAACAUUCAUGUCAGAGCUCGGUAUUGCCUUCAUUGACACAGACACUAUCCGCGCACACCCUGAGGAUUGGCAUGAAUUUAUCACAAAAGGCCACGCCAUCAUCGCGGAGCACUGGAACCAUCACCCUCACCGCCGUUGUCAGGACUCGAUGGGUAUAGACAAUACUCUUCCUGUCUACCCGAGAUUUAGCGCCGCCUGCGGACCUUCGGGCUGCCUUCAAGAAGAACGUACAUUCGUCGUUGAUGGCACCUCGCACACUGUCACGAUGUCGCCCGACUCGGAGAUUGUACCACAAGCUCAACUCUUGGACUGGCUAACGGCCAAGAUCCCGCAAUGA